CCAGGCAACAACGCCGGCAGGCCCGACCGACGCUGCGCCCUGGGCAGGGCGCUGCCUCACCAGACGCCUCGCGGAGGCAGCCCCCGCCGCCGCGAUGGAGCGCCCGCGCGCGUGAGGCGCGAGCGGUCCGAGGAUGGACGGGGCCGAGCUCGGGGAGGGCAUGGAGAUCGACCGCGUCGUCCUGCCGCUCGCGUCGAGCGAGGCGGCGGCCGCGGCGACGGCGGCGACCGGGCGCGCGCGCUUCGCGUACCUGGCGCAGACCGGCGCGAAGGCGCCGCCGGGCGAGGCGGCGCGCCCCGACUACGGCGCGAACCUGGGCCGGGACGCGCUGCAGAUGGUCUACGCGAAGGACGUGGGCUACGCGCGCGAGGACGCGCCGGCCCCGGCGAGCGAGGCGAGCGACCUGGACAGCGACGACGACGACGCCGCCGCCGCCGCGGAGACGCCGCGCGGCGACGCGGCCCCGCCGGGCGGGGCGGCCGGCGACGACCAGCUCAAGAUGGACGCCGACUGGAACACGGACGGGUGGUCGGCGCGCGAGAUCGAGAGCGCGCUGAACGCGCUGAUGCGCGAGGUGCGGCUCGCGGCGCCGACGGACGAGGGCCAGAAGCGGCGCGCCAAGGCCCAGAAGAUGUUCCUCCGGCUCCUCAAGCGGCACCGCGAGGCGGUGCAGUACGUGGAGCGCGUCCUCGAGGGGCUCUGCCACCGGGGCCUGCCCGCGGCGGUCGUGCACAUGGACGACGCGGAGGCGCUGAACCUGGCGCCGCUGCUGGCCGCGCUCGCGCCGGCGAAGGACUUCGCGCGGCGGCUCCUGGACGUGCACGCCGUGCGGCGCGCGUGCCGGUGCGUCGCGCGGCGCGCGAACCUGGCCGCGGCGAUCAUCCAGUGCCGCGUCCAGAUGAAGUACCUCUGCGACCCAGAGGCGCCGCGCUACGCGGCGAAGAUUCCGGACGACGCCCGCGAGGACGAGGCCGAGCACAUCCGGAAGGAGACGCGGGAGUACUGCCGGCGGAAGUGGGUCGCCAAGUGCUGGGAGCAGGACGCGCUCGUGCGGCGGUGGCGCGCGGCGGAGGCGACGCGGGGGCGGCACGACGCCCGGAGCACGCUCGUCCGGCGCGCCACGCUCGCGCACCUGGGCCUGCUCGAGGCGCUGUGCGCGUCGCCGGCGCCGGGCGUCGCCGAGACGGCGCGGCGGCGGACCUGCGGGCGGCUGGGCGAGGCGCUGCCGUCGAUCUGCAUGCUCGCGACGCGGCAGGCCGCCGAGGGGCCGGAGAUCCAGGCGCUCGCGCUGCGGGUGCUGCUGCUCGUCGCGGCGCAGCCGGGGCUCGCGCGGCCCCUGCUGCGCGCGAACGUCGCGGACCUGUGCCGCAGCCUCCUGAACGUGCGGGAGCCCGUCGAGGUGCGGCGCGCGGCGCUGGACGUGCUCCAGGCCGGCGCGCUCAGCUGCCUCACGUGCGUCAACCUGCCCCGGCCCGCGUCGCCGGCCGGGUCGCGGGCCUCGUCGCGGCCGGGCACGCGGCCGAGCUCGCGCGCGUCGGACCGGCCGCCGUCGCGGCCGCUGGGCGGGCCGACGCCCCCCGGCACCGCGGACGCGGACCGGCCGCCGUCGCCGCAGAAGUGGGUCCCGAAGGAGAAGGAGGACGACGACUACCCGCCGCUCGACCUCGUCGAGGCCGAGGAGGUCGGCGCCCUGCUCGGGAAGAAGCGCGUCGUGGCGAGCGUGAUGGAGCUGCUCGGCGAGCGCGACGAGGCGCUCUUCCUCGGCUCGAUCCGCUUCGCGCAGCGCGUCGCGAACGGCGGCUUCCAGGCGUACCGGGGGGCGCUCGACGAGGUCCUGGCCUACGGCGGGCGGCCGCUCGAGCGGCUCGUGCUGGGCGGCCUCGCGGCGACGACCGCGCGCGGCGGCCGCGGCGCGCCCGCGGGGCCCGCCGCCCUGGAGCUGCUCGCCGCGCUGUGCGCGCGGCCCGCCGGGCGGCAGGGCCUGCGGGCCGCCCGCGUCGAGCUCAUGGUGGCGCCGCUGCUCAGCUCGGGCGACCCGACGUCGCCGCCGUACCUGCGGUCGCUCUACGUGCUGCUGGCGGCGGCGCGGAGCGGCCCGGCGACGGAGGUGGUGCUGCCCGGCGCGCUCGGCGACGACGUGGACCCGCAGGCCGACUCGCGCUUCGUGCCCGACGCGCCGGACCCGAGCCUCGCGAUGACGCGCCACGUCCGCGCCGCGUUCGUCGCGCUGUCCCUGAGGAGCGACGACGAGGUGGCGGCGACGUGCCUGGAGCUGGCGCGGCUGGGCGCGGCGCGCGGCUGCCGCGAGUUCCUGUGCCGGCCGCGCGAGAAGGGCUUCCCGUACGCGCUGGCGCGGAAGGCGCGCGCGGCGCACCUCGUCGUGCUCCACCGCCUGCUGAACUCGGCGGAGCCGCUGCCCGAGGAGCUGCUGAAGCGGGACGCGACGGCGGUCGUCCGGUUCCUGGCGCUGGGCGUCCAGGCCGGCUUCCACGACGUCGAGGACGGCCAGGUGUUGACGCUGCCGCCGAAGGACCAGGCGCUGCACCACCUGGCGCUGGAGAGCGCGCUGCGCGCGCUGGCGUGCGCCGCCGCCGCCGGGAGCGCGAGCGAGGGCGACACCGUCGCGGCCGCGAUCGGCGCCGUGCAGCGGCGCGACGCCGCCGCCGCCGACGACGACGGCGGCGGCGGGGCCGACGACGACGACGACAUGCUCGCCGAGGAGGACCCGCGGAUCAGCGACGCGCUGCUCGAGCCGCACCGGGGCGCCCGGGCCCUCGUCGCGCGGUUCCUGCUGGGCACGUCGCUGCUGGGCGACGUGCUCGGCCUCGUGCGGCGCGCGCCGUCGGCGGACGUCGCCGCGCUGGACGCGCUCGCCGGGGCCGAGGCGCGCGUGGCCGGCGCGGCCUGCGCGCUGGUCGCGGCCGCGGCGCCCGUCGCCGUCGUCGACCUCGCGGCGUCCCUGCGGGAGGAGCCCCCGGUCGCGGAGGAGGAGUCGUACGUCGCCGCCGAGACCACGCUGCGGCCGCUCCGCGAGGCGGCGUUGCCGGGCCUCCAGGUCUGCCUGGCCCACGAGGCGCCCUACGAGUGCCGCGCGGCGGCCUGCGCCGCGCUCGCGCGCCUCGCCGCGACGCCGGCCGGCGCGCGGUGGAGCCGGGACGUGGCGCGCGCGCUCGGCCGCCUCGCGCCGCCGGGCCCCGUCUCGCAGAAGCACUGCGACGAGGUCCUGUACAAGCGGCCCUGGGCGGCGAUGGCCACCGCCGACGCGUCCGCCACGCAGGGCCGCGACGUCGACGCCUGCCGCUUCCUGCGGCUGCCCGUGAGCUGGUUCGCCGGCGCGGCGGCGCUCGCGCUGCACGAGCGCGGCGCGAAGGCGCUCCUGGAGCACCACGUCGUCCAGCGGUGCGCGGAGCGCUUCGGGGUCACGACCGACCGGCCGGGCGUCGACCGGGCGAUCCGGGCGCACGUCGCGCUCGUCGUCGCGCGCGUCGCGGUCUGCGGGGAGCAGCCGAACGCGCUGGGGCCCUUCGCCCACGUGUGCAUCGGGCUGCUCCAGCACGAGCGCCACGGCCUCGCGCCCGGCCUGGCGAAGAUGGUCGCCGGGGCGCCGAAGCCGCCGCCGCGGGCCAUGGUCGUGCGGCCCGCGCCGCCGGGCGACGCCGGCUGCUACAACGCGACGCUCUGCGUGGCCGCGCUCUGCUCGGCGAACGUCGCCGCCGCGGGGCCGCUGCUGCGGAAGGAGGGCAUCCUCCGGCACCUGCGGGCGCUGAUUCUCGAGCCGCGCACGGGCCAGCCGCUGCUCCGGCAGGCCCUCGUCGCGCUGCGGGCGGUGCUGCGCGUGCCCGGGUCCGACGCGGCGCGCAUGCUCACGGCGUCCAAGAAGCGCGGCCGCUCGGGCAAGACCCUCCCGGAACGCCUGGAGCAGCUGACCAUGGACGCGCGGCUCCUCGACGCCCAGCGGGCCGUCGCGCGGCGCGUGCCCAUCCCGCACCUGGCGCGCGACGUGCUGAUGGCGCUCGGGCCGUCGGAGAAGGAGGGCCGCGGCCGGCCGCCGACGGCGCCGGCGCCGCGCGCGCCCGCCCCGGACGUCGACUACGCCGCCGAGGCCGCCCGCGCGCGCGCGGCGCUCGAGCCCGCGCCGGUCGCCGCGCCCGCGCCCGCGCCCGACGCCGCGCCCGCGCCUGCGCCCGCGCCCGCACCGGCGCCCACCGAGGCGCCCGCGGCCGCCGAGGCGCCCGCGCCCGCGCCCGCGCCCGCGGACGUGGACAUGGCCGCCUACCACCGCGCCGAGCUCGAGGCCGCGCUCGAGCGCGAGGCGCUGCGCCGCGCGAACCGGCCGUUCUGGGAGCGGACGCCCGAGGCCAGCGAGGACGAGGACGAGGACGGCGACGACGACCGCUCCUCCGCGUCCUCCGAGGACGACCGCCGGGCCCAGAUCGACGCGCACGAGAAGGCGCUCGCGGACGCCGAGGCCGCGCGGCGGGCCCAGGCGGACGCGAAGCGGCGGGCGGAUUCGGACGUCGGCGGAUCCAUGGGACUGUUUUUGGACGCGUCGGGGCUGGUCGCGGAGGAGGCGACCGCGGAAAAGCGCGCCCAGGAGGAGGCGGCGCUCCUGGCGCUGCACGGCGGCGCCGCGCCGCGCGAGCCCGCGCCCGCGCCCGAGCCCGAGCCCGAGCCCGCGCCGGCGGCCGUGGUCCCGGCGCCGGCGCCCGCGCCGCGCUCGAAGACGCCGCCGCCGGUCUUCGUGCCGACGAUGACGGCCGCGGAGUGCGCCGCAGCCGCGACGCUCGCCGACGCGGCGGCGGACGUGAACGCGCUCGCGGACGCGUGGGACGCGAGCGACGACGAGCGCGACGCGCGCCUGGCCGAGGUCCGCGCGACGCGCCGGCGGCGGGCGGGCCGCGGGCGGCGCCUCGGCGCGCCCGUCGGGCCGCCGCCGCCGCGCCGGCCGCUCGUCACCGCCGUCGCGCUCGACGCGCACCCCGGCCUCGCCGCGACGCGGCCGCCGCCGCGCCCCCGCCCGCCGCCGCGGGCGCGCACGCCGCCGCCGCCGUCCCCCCGGUCGCCGGGGCCCUACGCGCGGCGCGCGGCGCGGACCAUGGCCGACCCCGCCUUCGUCGAGCCCGUGCGCCUCGUCGACGGCCCGCUCAAGCAGCUCCCGGACCCGAUGGCCGGCUUCACGGGCUGCGCCGCGUCCUUCGAGAACGUCCACGAGAUCACGGUCCGGUCCAAGGUCGCCGCGGCGCGCGCGGCGCGCGCGACGCGCGACGUCCUGCGCCGCGACACAGCGUCCGCGUUCCUGGCCGCGCCAAAGCGGGGCACGUCCCUCCUCGCGCGGCGGCUGCAGGCGGCGACGCAGCGGGCGCGCGACGCCGGCGACGCCGGGCCGCCGACGUAG